AUGAAUGGUAUCGGUCAGCCAAGCAGCUACGUCAAUAUUAAGCAGGUGAUAGUCGCCGGCGGGCCGGUGAAUUCCCCGGCGUUGCUCCUGAGAUCUGGAGUGGGUCCACGCAGCCACCUCGAGGAGCUAGGAAUCCCCGUCGUCAAAGAUCUGCCCGUUGGGUAUAACCUCCAGGCGACGGUGUGGCGUCUGCGCCCGCGCAGCCGCGGCCGUGUGUCUCUGCGGAGCGCCGACCCGGAAGACGCGCCGCUCAUCGACCCGCAGGACCGGCACUGGGACUCGGACGAGUACUGGCGCUGCGGCGCUGCGUAUGGCAGCGGCCGCAGACGCUCUAUCCACCCGUGGUGCACCAACAGGAUGGGGCCCGGCGCAGACGCCGGCGCCGUUGUGACGCCACUGAAGGUGCGCGGCCUGCUAGGCCUGCCGCCGGGUGCGACACCUCGUCAUGCCACGCUCGUUCGGGGCCACCUGAGUAUGGGCGGCUAUGUCAUCGGGGAGAAGGCCGCGACUCAUCAAGCGGGAUUACGCUCGGGGCUCUAG